AUGGUGUCAACUUCAGAAAUUCCGGUUUCGAAGUUACUUCGUCAAGGAAUUGGCAUAAGUGAUGUGCAAGAAGGACGAAAAAGCAAAGAUGAAUACAGAAAGCAAAAAGAUUUGGAAGAAGAGCAGAAGUUGGGUAUAGCUCCAGCAACUGUUGAUGUUGUCACAGGACGUGAUAUUAAUCCGCAUAUUCCAGAAUUUAUUGCAAAACAUCCAUGGUAUGUUCCAGCAGAUGGACCUACUUUACAGCAUCAAAGGCCUCAUGAAGAGAGACAAAUCAAGUGGUCAUCGAUUGAAGACUGGUAUAAAAGAGGUACUACGAAUGAAGUAGUCACCAAAUUUCGAAAGGGCGCAUGUGAGAAUUGUGGUGCAUUAACUCACAAAAAAAAAGAUUGCUUAGAAAGACCACGUAAAGUAGGUGCAAGAUGGACCAAGCAGGAUAUUGCUUCUGACGAGUAUGUCCAGCCAAAUUUGAUACUUGGUUGGGAUGCGAAGCGAGAUCGAUGGAAUGGUUAUGACCCUCAGACGUAUAAAAAAGUUAUUGAAGAACAUGAAAGAUUAGAGUACACUAGAAAGCUGAUAAGGGAAGAGAAGAUGAGAGAAGGAUUAUCAAAAGAAGAAACGGAAGCUGCAAAUACCCACAAUGCAACAGAAGAAACAGCAGAUGAAGAUAUGUAUGCUGAUGAUGCUGACAUGGCUGGUGUGACUGUAGAUAUGGACUCAAGGACACGAAUCACAGUACGAAAUCUUCGUAUUAGAGAAGACACCGCAAAAUAUCUUUAUAAUUUGGAUCCAAAUGGACCAUACUAUGAUCCCAAAUCGCGUUCCAUGAGAGAAAAUCCAUUUGCGGUGAGUAAAAUGCAAAUAAACAUUAAUGACUUUGUAUAA